UAAUAAAAAAACAAAUAAAACAGUGAGCCGUCAAACCAAACGCGCCCUUGCCCCUGUUGCAGUUCAAUCGCCCGCGCCCACUGUUUGCUUUUCCCCUCCCCCAAGCUUUUACAAUAUUAUUUCCCUUCUUCUUCUUCUUCUCCCCCUCACUCACUCCACUGAUUCAAAUCACUGAUUCACUGUUACACAAAACCCAUUUUUUCUCAAACUUUCCGAAAUUCCCCAAAAAUGGCCGAUUCUGUUUUCGCAAACGUCGUCCGAGCUCCCGAAGAUCCAAUUUUAGGGGUUACGGUUGCGUAUAACAAAGAUCAGAGCCCGGUUAAGUUGAAUUUGGGGGUUGGAGCUUAUCGAACCGAGGAAGGAAAACCUCUUGUUCUCAAUGUAGUGAGAAAGGCAGAGCAAUUGCUCGUAAAUGAUCCUUCUCGUGUGAAAGAAUAUCUUCCGAUUACUGGGCUGGCAGAUUUCAACAAAUUGAGUGCUAAACUCAUUCUGGGAGCUAACAGUCCCGCGAUUCAGGAGAACAGGGUCACUACAGUCCAGUGUUUGUCUGGUACAGGCUCAUUAAGGGUUGGAGGCGAGUUUCUCGCCAAACAUUAUCAUGAAAAAACUAUAUACAUUCCACUGCCAACGUGGGGAAAUCAUCCAAAGAUUUUCACUUUAGCGGGAUUGUCAGUCAAGACUUACAGAUACUACGAUCCAAAUACACGAGGCCUCGAUUUUUCAGGGUUGUUGGAAGAUCUUGGAAAUGCGCCAUCUGGCGCAAUAGUUCUUCUCCACGCAUGUGCUCACAACCCUACAGGGGUAGAUCCAACUUCCGAUCAGUGGGAGCAGAUCAGGCAAUUGAUGCGAUCAAAGGGAUUGCUCCCGUUUUUCGACAGUGCAUAUCAGGGUUUUGCCAGUGGAAACCUCGAUUCUGAUGCGGGGUCCGUUCGGAUGUUUGUUGCCGAUGGUGGAGAAUGUGUUGCAGCACAGAGUUAUGCUAAAAACAUGGGAUUGUACGGUGAAAGAGUUGGUGCACUUAGCAUUGUAUGCAAAAGUGCUGACGUGGCAGCGAGAGUCGAGAGCCAAUUAAAGUUGGUCAUAAGGCCAAUGUACUCAAAUCCACCUCUUCAUGGUGCAUCUAUUGUGGCUAAUAUACUCAAGGAUGGGGAGUUGUAUACGGAAUGGACAAUAGAGCAUUUUAUUUAUCUAUUGACAGGUACACCGGGCGAUUGGAGUCAUAUUGUGAAACAGAUAGGCAUGUUCACAUUUACCGGUUUGAAUACUAAUCAAGUUGCGUUCAUGACAAAGGAGUACCAUGUUUACAUGACAUCUGAUGGGAGAAUUAGCAUGGCGGGUUUGAGUUUGAAAACAAUACCUCAUCUUGCAGAUGCCAUACAUGCUGCUGUCACGAACGUUGUGUAAGAUCGAUUUCGAGUUUUGAGUUCGCUCUUUUUUCUUCUACUUAUGGUUUAAACUUUUGCUAAAUAAAAAAAACUGAAAUGGGAUUUUCGUUUUACAGCCAUUUCUUUUUUCUGUACUAGAAUUCGAAGAUUUCUGUGAAUUUUCGGCUGAAUAAAAUACUCUUGCUU